AUGGCUUCCGCGGCGACCACCUCGUACCCCAUCAAAACGGUGGUCGUUUUGGUUCAAGAGAACCGCUCCUUCGACCACAUGCUGGGGUGGAUGAAGUCCCUCCACCCCAAGAUCGACGGCGUCACGGGCCACGAGUCCAACCCCCUGUCCACGACAGACCCGAGCUCCGGCCGCGUCACGUUCGGCGACGGGGCCGCCUACGUGGACCCCGACCCGGGCCACUCGAUCCAGGCCAUCUACGAGCAGGUCUUCGGCGAGCCGUGGAGCGAGGAGUCCGCCGCCAAGAAGCUGGCCCCGAGGAUGGAGGGGUUCGCGCAGAACGCGGAGCGGAUCGAGAAGGGGAUGUCCAAGACGGUGAUGAGCGGGUUCACCCCAGAGUCGGUCCCGGUCUACAAGGAGCUGGUGGGCGAGUUCGCGGUGUGCGACCGGUGGUUCGCGUCGAUGCCGGCGUCGACGCAGCCGAACCGGCUGUUCGUGCACUCGGCGACGUCGCACGGCGCGACGAGCAACGACAGCCUGAAGCUCAUCGAAGGGUAUCCGCAGAAGACGAUAUUCGAGUCGAUGGACGAGGCCGGGUUCACGUUCGGGAUCUACUACGAGUAUCCUCCGGCCACUCUCUUCUAUAGGAACCUCAGAAAGCUGAAGUACUUGAAGAACUUCCAUCAGUUCGAUCUCCACUUCAAGGCGCAUUGUAAAGAAGGGAAGCUGCCAAAUUACGUGGUCGUGGAGCAGAGGUACUUCGACCUGUCGAUAUUACCUGGGAACGACGAUCACCCUUCUCAUGAUGUCUCCCAAGGCCAGAAAUUUGUCAAGGAAGUGUACGAAGCAUUGAGAUCCAGCCCCCAGUGGAACGAGAUCUUGUUCGUAAUCACGUACGACGAGCACGGUGGUUUCUACGAUCAUGUCCCGACUCCGGUGGAUGGAGUCCCGAGCCCGGACGGCAUCGUCGGGCCCGAUCCGUACAAGUUCCAGUUCGACCGCCUUGGGGUCAGGGUCCCGGCCAUCCUCAUUUCCCCGUGGAUUGAGCGUGGAACAGUGUUGCAUAAGCCGACAGGACCACAUCCCACAUCACAGUACGAGCACUCCUCCAUAGCAGCAACGGUGAAGAAGAUCUUCAACUUGAGGAGUUUCCUCACGAAACGCGACGAAUGGGCGGGCACCUUCGAGGUGGUCUUGAACAGAAGUAGCCCAAGAACAGAUUGUCCAGUCACGUUAUCCGAACCCGCGAGAUUGAGAGAAGCCGGGGCUAAGGAAGAGUCGAAGCUGAACGAUUUCCAGCAAAUCCUGGUGCAAAUGGCGGCGGCGCUGAACGGGGAUCACAAGAAGGACAUCUAUCCGGACAAGCUGGUGGAGAACAUGACCGUGGGCGAAGCUGUUAAGUACGUGAAGGACGCGCACGAGACGUUCUGCGAUCACUGCGAUAAAGCCAAGGAAAGUGGUGCGGAAGGAGAUGAGAUUGUUGUUCUGGGAAACAGACCGACCAGAGGAACGACCAAAAACUUUGCUCAGAAGUUGUUUUCCUGCAUAAUCUGCGACAACUGAUUUGGCAAUGUUGUGCUUCUCUUCACUCAUUUGAUUCAUGUGUCUCGUAUGAAGCAUGUCACUGGAAAAUUCAUAUUUGACA